CUGUAAAGUGUGGAUUUGAUUCAAGCCUUUCUGAAACGUUUCACUGUACUGUUAAUUCCAGGGAACACAGCUUUCUCUUAGUUUGACUGAUGUGUAGGUAGGAGGGUUCAGCGCUGUGAGUUUGGGGAGUUUGUGCCCGCCGCCCACCAGAGGUUCAAAACUGAGAAGUUCCACGUGACGGAAUUUAGCCAUGAGCACAGCAGACCUACGGACUCAGGCAGCGCGCUACAAGAGUUGAGUGUUCAGUCUCUAUUCAACUGCCGUGCUAAAGUUGUUAUCGUUAUGUACAACUUUUCGCUGUUAUCCUGACUUUUAAUCAUCGAAAAGUUUGACCUUUCUUUUGUUUCCCUCUGCCAUCAAUUGAAGUUUCUUCGUGUUGGAAAAGUUUGUGUUUUAUUGUUUUUUAAAUGGAGCGAAAGAAGCCGGUGAAUCUUUACUGCUGUUGGACCUUUCUUCUCGCUUGGUGCUGUAGUCUCACUGACUGUUACAAUUUGGAUGUAGACCAUCCGGUUAGUUUCAGUGGCCCAAAUGGAUCUUUAUUUGGAUAUUCUGUGUUGUUACAUAAGAACAAGCAACACACAUGGUUAAUAGUCGGAGCUCCAGUUGCGAAUUCAACAUUUGACCCAACCCUUAUAAAACCAGGAGCAAUUUAUAAGUGCAACUUCUCAGGCAAUAGAGAAUGUCAGCAAAUAUCAACGGGUGUGGACAGUUGUGGGAAGACUUGCUUCUCUGAAAGUGACAACCAGUGGCUCGGAGUCAGCCUGUCUAGACAGCCUAGUGAUGGCCAUGUAUUGGCAUGUGGGCAUCGUUGGAAGAACGUGUUCUAUUCCAGGAAAGACAACCAGAACAAGCUGCCUCAUGGUGUCUGCUACAGAUACGAAGCUGACCUCAAACAGUCUCAACCACUUAUCCCAUGCUAUAAAGAUCAUCAACGGAAGUUUGGUGAAGACUACGGAUCAUGCCAAGCAGGAAUAUCCAACUUUCUGAAUGAGGACUUGAUAAUAAUGGGAGCCCCUGGGACAUCGUACUGGACUGGGUCUGUUCUGGUCUACAACACCUCCAGUAUGGUCCUGUCUGCCUAUGUGGAUGAUGACAGCACUGUCCUCUAUGGCAGUUAUCUGGGCUACUCGGUUGGCGCCGGCCACUUCCUUCACCCUGACUCCACAGAGAUCGUUGGAGGUGCACCCCAGCACAGGCAGACUGGUAAAGCCUACCUAUUCAGAGCUGAAGAAAACAUGCUGAAGAUCAUCAGUGAAGUCAAGGGAAGCAAGCUGGGCUCGUAUUUUGGUGCCAGUGUGUGUGCCGUGGACCUGAAUGGAGAUGGCCUGUCUGAUCUACUGGUAGGAGCUCCCAUGUACAGCACCACAAGAGAGGAGGGACGAGUCCAUGUCUACAUCAACCAAGGAGCUGCUAAUAUGAAGGAAGCAGAGUUUCAGUUGGCUGGAAGCAAAUCGUAUGCUGCAAGAUUUGGGGAGACCAUAACCGAUCUGGGAGAUAUUGAUGACGAUGGCUUUCCUGAUGUGGCGGUGGGGGCUCCGCAGGAGGAAGAGCUGCGUGGGGCUAUAUAUAUCUACAAUGGGAGGAAGACAGGGAUCUCUCAGACCUACUCUCAAAGGAUCACCGGGUCUCUUCUGGGUAAUGAGUUAAAGAUGUUCGGCCAGUCUGUUUCCGGAGGCAUCGAUGUUGACGGAAACGGUUACCAAGACGUUGCGGUAGGGGCUUUCCUCUCGGACUCCGCUGUGGUUCUGAGGACACGUCCGGUGGUAGUGGUUGAGGCCUCCAUGACCCUGCCUGUCAGUGUGAACCGCUCUGUAGCUCUGUGUUCUGACAAUGGUCUUCCUGCUGUCUGCAUCAACGUGACAGUCUGCUUCAGGGUCCGCGCUCGACGCUACAACGGACUCAUAGAACUGCAGUAUAACCUGACAGCCGACACUCACCACAAGGAGUCUUUCCCCUCCCGCUUCCAUUUCCACGGCAACGGGACGUCCAACGUUACGACGGGGCAAGUCAAGGCCAGACACGACCAGCUGACCUGCAUCACCCACCAGGCCUUCAUGAGGAAAGAUGUCCGGGAUAUCUUCACGCCCAUCCAUUUUGAGGCGACGUACGCCCUCAGACAGCACCCUGUCCAUACCUGGGGAUUCAGAAUAUUCCCAGCCCUGAAACCCAUCCUGCAGCAGAGAGGGGGGCACAGCAACCUGGUAGCCAAUAAGACUCAGUUUGCUCGGUACUGUUCAUUGGCCAACUGUUCAACCAAUCUGCAGGUCUCUGCAUACCUGGUCUUACCACAGAAACACAACAACAUACAGUACUUUGCAUUGGGUAAUGGGAAGACCAUCAUGUUGAACACAACCCUGGUGAACGCUGGAGAUGAUGCCUUCCUCCCCAGGCUCCAGUUACGCUUCCCAUCCAACCUGCACUACAUCAAAGUCCUUGAUGCAAAGGAGAAGUAUGUGAGCUGUGACAUUUCAGAGGAGAACAAGACAAUAGUAGGAAUGGACUGUAGUGUUGGGAACCUGUACUUCAGCUCUGGAGCCAAGGUGAACAUCAGCUUUCUGUUGGAUGUAAACCAGAGUAGCAGUGCUGGUGACAUUAGCAUAUCCAUCAACACUUUUGGAGACAAUUCUGAAAAUGAGGAUCUUCUGCAUGACAACUCAGCCACUCUGAUGUUACCGUUGAGAUAUGGCGUGGAUGUCAGUGUCCAUGGGUUUGUGACUCCAACAUCCUUUGUAUUUGGUGACCAGGAGCCUACUCCAGUUGAUUGCUACACAGAGACAUUCAACUACACUUACAAGGUUGUCAAUAUCGGUCCAAGCAAAUCUCUCAACACGGAAGUUGAGAUUGAUAUUCCCAAGAUACUAUCACCAUAUCCAUACAGGUUACUCCACAUUGCAGAUUUUCAGACCUCUCUUGGAGAAUGCUCCAUUAAAAACGGCUCCAUCACAGUAGAAGAUGAUUGUGGGGUGCCACGUUCGUCUUUAAUCAAGGAACUGGUCUUCUUCUUCUCCAAAACCAGCAAACGCAAAAUGUUCUGUGCUCACGGAGACGACCUGUGCCUGACUCUGGUGUGUAGACUAGGAGACAUGGACAUUGGGAAAGAAGCCACCAUUCAGAUGGAAGUGAAGCUCAACCCCACUGUUCUACAGCUCACACCGGGUCGUCAUGGAGUGAUGCUGAUAGAGAGUACUGGCAUCAUCACAUCACCAAGGGAGGACCCUCACACCAUCCUAUUACAGCAAACCCCUAUUGCUCAGGUUGUGUUGGAGGCCCACUUCAACCAGAAGCCUCAGGCAGCAGUGGAGGGGUUCAUCAUUGUAGGGAGUCUACUGGUGGGACUCCUGAUCCUGGCCCUGCUCAUCUUCGCCCUCUGGAAGGCUGGUUUCUUCAAGAGGCAGUUUAAGAAGGAGAUCAGGAGGGAUAGCUGGGACUAUGUACCAAAGAGUGAGAAGACUGAGAGUAUAUCCUAAGAGUGUACUAAUACAGAAUGGUUCUAUACGACAACAUGAACUAACUUGCUGGGGAACAGCUUCUCUACUAAAAGGCCCAUUUUGAUUGAGAUCAUCCAAACCCAAGGGAAAGAACUGCAGGACAAUUCAAACAUUUGUGGCUCAAAAUCUAGGAAUCAACUAAAUGCUGUAAUUUCUCUAAAACAUGCAAGAGGAAAAACUUUUGCACUUUACCUCUGGGCUUGUUGCAGUGAGAGUAUAGAACAUGGGCUUGUUGCAGUGAGAGUAUAGAACAUGGGCUUGUUGCAGUGAGAGUAUAGAACAUGGGCUUGUUGCAGUGAGAGUAUAGAACAUGGGCUUGUUGCAGUGAGAGUAUAGAACAUGGGCUUGUUGCAGUGAGAGUAUAGAACAUAUAGAACAUGGGCUUGUUGCAGUGAGAGAGAGUAUAGAACAUGGGCUUGUUGCAGUGAGAGUAUAGAACAUGGGCUUGUUGCAGUGAGAGUAUAGAACAUGGGCUUGUUGCAGUGAGAGAGAGUAUAGAACAUGGGCUUGUUGCAGUGAGAGAGAGUAUAGAACAUGGGCUUGUUGCAGUGAGAGAGAGUAUAGAACAUGGGCUUGUUGCAGUGAGAG